AUGUGGUUAGAAAAAAAGGGAGAGGGAGGCAAAGGCGAGGAAGGACGAUGCGUAACAAGUGGGACGUGGGGAUCCGAGGAAAUUACCGCGGUUGCAGAAUGCAACGGAAUUCGCCGCAUUAAAGGAUUGCAAAUCGAAGAUAAUGCAUUGGGCAGUGACGCUAGAGAGGGGGCUAAAACUGCCCGAAGUCUCGCAAAGAAGUGCUUCAAGAGAGUGGCGGUGUCAGAUAGCAAUGGUGGCAGAGUUUUACGGUCUUUAGAAGAAGUCUUAAGAAGUGUUAACGUGUUAUUUUCAUAG